CAAUAAAAUACGUUGACGUUUGUUAUGGCCUACUUUAGGCGAUAAAAAUCAACAAUAACCUUAUCUAUAAACAUCGAUUAUAUUUUAUGAUUUUGUGGCUUGUUAGUAAUUGUAUUGUGCAAAUAAGACAUUGAUUAAGCAAUGCAUAAAAUUCGGGAAAUAACAGAGAAAGUCACCAAUGUGGUGAUGAACUACUCUGAAGUUGAGACCAAAGUUAGAGAGGCUACCAACGAUGAUGCAUGGGGGCCACAUGGCAGCAUCUGCUCAGAGAUUGCGCAAUACACAUUCACGUACGAACAUUUUCCGGAGGUGAUGGGAAUGCUUUGGAAACGCAUGUUCCACGAAAAUAAGAAGAGCUGGAGAAGAACAUAUAAGUCACUCACCCUGCUGAUGUAUUUGAUACGGAACGGCUCCGAGAGGGUUGUCACUGGCGCCAGGGAACACCUGUAUGAUCUGAGGGGCCUUGAAAACUACACAUUCACAGAUGAGCAUGGCAAGGAUCAAGGGCUCAAUGUUCGUCACAAGGUGAAGGAGAUCGUGGAGUUGAUACAGAACGAUGACAAGCUGCGCGAUGAGAGAAAGAAGGCCAAGAAGAACAAGGACAAGUUCACGGGCAUGUCUGGUGACCUGGCCUCCUCCAGAUCAAGCUACAGUGACAGAUACGACGAGGCGCCGCGUAAGAACACUGAGAGUCACCUUGGUGAGAUAGACGACUGGAACGAUGGCAAGAAGUCCGUAGUAGAUGAGGCGGUGGACAAAGGAAAGGACAUCUGGAACCGCAUACGUGGCAUUGCUGGACCCGAUGAGACUGUAGACUACAGUGGCAAUGCUGACAAGAGAGGGCAUGACGUUAUAGGGUUUAGUGAUGAAGUAGACAAUAAUCAACGCAACAACGAUGAUGACUUUGACUUCAAGGACAACAUAGAGGAGUACACCCGUCAUGAGAAGACGGAGACGACAAAAACUGAAAAGAUCACAUCCGCUAAGCGAAGAACCCCUGCCAAGAUUGACCUGGGGGCAGCAGCCAGUCAACUGGGCAAGGAUUCAGACACUAAGUCAGUAAGCAGCAGUGCCAGUAAGUCAACAAUAGACACCGGUCCCAGUCUCAUAGACAUGGGGCUAGCCUCUGGAUCAGGCAGCAACAGUGUGGCUGACUUUGCUGACUUUCAGUCUGCGGGCAACGAAUUCAAUCCUAGAGGUCAAAAGGUUGACGACUUUGCUGACUUCAGUGGAGCAUCAUUUCCAUCCCCCACCCACCAACAACAGAAUGGCGGCUUUGCAGAUUUCUCAUCAUUAUCUUCUAGUCAAACACAACAAAAGACAAAUGCCUCAAAUUCCUCAGACUUGUUUGAUGUGUUUAGUAGUGGUAAUGCUCCUAUGCAGUCAACUGUACCCAUACAUAACAUGUAUCACACAAACAAUAUGGCUUCAAUGAACAAUCAGGGAUUUAUGGGAAAUAUGGCUAGUCCCAAUAUGGGCAUGAUGGGAAAUCAACCAGGGAUGAUGUCAUCGCAAGUUGGUAUGAUGUCUUCACAGCCAAAUAUGAUGCCAUCAAAUGCUGCCAUGAUGGGACAUUCAAAUAUGAUGUCAUCACAACCUAAGAUGAUGUUUUCUCAACCUCAAAUGAUGUCAGGCCAGCCACAGAUGAUGUCAUCACAACCUCAGAUGAUGUCAUCACAGCCUCAAAUGAUGUCACCCAAUAUGAUGGGAAUGCAGCAACCUAUGGGCCAGCCUAUGAUGCCGCAGCAAGGCAUGAUGGGAAAUAUGGGCAUGAUGGGAAAUCAGCCAACCAGUGCGCCAGGCAUGAUGGGUAUGAUGCAGCCUAAUCAAGCCAUGCAGCAAAAUCAGUUCAUGUAUGGCUAUAAUGCUGGUAAGAACACAUGGGCGACAGACGCUGGCAAGGUGAAUAUCAGCCUGGAUGCACUGAGUCCAGCAGGAAAGUUCCAGCAGCAGAACAAGCCCAGCAUGAAUCAGCUGUCCGGCCAGAAACCUGGCAUGGCUCCUGCUGCUGGGCAGCCCAUGAUGGGGAACCUUAUGACUGGCAUGGCCAACAUGAACAUGGCAGGACAACCACAGAUGAUGAGUGGAGGUAUGGCAAUGGGCAUGCACAACAUGGGGGCCAUGGGCAUGCAGGGGACCAUGAUGAGUCCAGGAGGCGGGGCCGUGCGCAUGCAGGCAACUGUGAACAUGCAGAACACCAUGGUUGGGGCUUCCUCCUUCCAGAAACGAACAGACAACGCCUUCUCUGCCUUUGGCAGUAUGAAGUAAAACUGGUUCGGUGAGAUGAGGGAAGGGGGUUAGGAGCACAGCGUUAAUCCUGAAAAUUGUGAUCCUAUAAUCUUGAAAAAUGGUAAAUGGUCUAUCUGGAAAAGAAGGAUUUUAAUCAGUUGUGAAAAGAAUAGAAGCAUUAUUUAAGACCAGGAGUAUCUUCUUGGACUGCUUUGAAGUUGUAUAGAGUUCUGAAUAAUUCUUGAAGAAUUAACAUUUUAUUGUGGAGCUACAUGUUUAAUACAAACUUCAGUGAGAGUGUAUCAGACACUGAUACAAUUACUUGGAUACUGGUGAAAUAUCCUGAAUGAUUUGUGAAAGAACUGAGGUAGAAUCUUUUAGUGGAAUAAAAGAUGUCAUUUGUGGCAAUAGACAGUUUAAUGCUGCUAGCAAUCGUAUUCAUAGAGUCACAAAUAAUUGAGAUCGGAAAGGGCAAUAGAAACUGUUUGCCAAGACUAAACAUUCCUUUCAGAUAACAUAAUUUCGUCCUGUGUACAUAUAUUUAGUUUGUGCAUUGUAUGAUGACAUGUAUACAAGUCCCCAGGAGAAUAUAUGCUGAACACCAAUGAAAUAAGCUGGGUCAUGCGAACAUGGGCCAUAUGCCAUAUUGUGCUAGUGUAGCACCAAACCAGCAUACACAACUGCAAAGUCUUGUCUGCUUUCGAGACCAUGCAACCUUAAGUGACUUUAUAUCUGACAGCUUAGUUCUCGGCCAGACUGCACGAUUGCGUAGGUUGGUCAAAAGACCCAGAAUGCAGCUGCAAUAGACUGGCCAUGCACUGCAUAUCUGUUUUAUUCAAAUGGAGGAUAUAACUAGUUUUCGUGUUAAAAUGCUUCUGUAAAUAGACAUGCUUACGAGAAGUCCAAAAUAACAAACUGGAUAAUGAAUACAACAACAGCAAUUUAAAUAGAAAUACAUUAAUGUUGCUAAAGACAUAAAUAUAAAAUACUAAAAUGUAGUCAGAAAUACUUUUAAUGUCUAAUUGCAUCGAAUUACUCUUUAUAUAUCACUUCACCCGAUUUGCAAUAAAUAAUUACAUGUGUUGUAUGAUGUCAAAGUUGAUGCCUUGUUGUUUAAGUAUAAUGAAUGUCCCACUCUGAUCAUUUCUUUUAUAUGAAUGAAUAUAAAUUGUAUAAAUGCCACAGUUUUGUAUACGAUAUAUCUUUUUAUUUUAUGCUUUCCGGUGGUUUAUAGAGAAAUAUCAGUGAAUUAAAACUGAUAAUUUCACUGUUUCAAACAGUGAAAAUUAUCAGUGAAAAUUAUCGAUAAUUUUAACUGUUUACUGUGAAAUGACGUCAUUUUUGACGAAAUGAUGUCAUUAUCCCAGCGAAAUUCUUUAGUUAAACUCUUUAACAAUGUAUAUAAACUGUGAAAAAAAAGCAUAAAAUAAAAAGAAAAUGUGUUGGAUUCGGUGGAAUAUCGAGUUUAAUUCACUCGUGAUCAUAGAAAAUUUACAUUUUCUAUGAUCACUCGUGAAUUAAAAUCCAUAAUCCACCGAAUCCAACAAAUAUCCUCUAUGUGUGUAUAUAUAUGUGAUUUUGUUAAAUGAUGUCGAUUGUUGAUAGUGAUAAGAAAUUGUUUCUUUAAUCCAGUUUAAUUUGAUUUGAUUCAAUGUAGAGAGACAAUAUUUUGAGUACAUAAACAGUGCUCGUUUUGCACUUAAUAUAUUUUUUCAGUUUCCUCAGAAUUGUCCCAUUAACAUGUAAAAAUUGUAAUGUUUACUGUAAUCAAAUGCUUGUUUAAAGCAUUAAUCUGCUUUAAUGCCGGUCUGGUAAAUGCAAUAAUUUAUCAGGUAGAGCCAAUUAUUUUAGAACAUGAAGUGCUUUUACAGAGAACUGAGCCUCAGGCUUAUUUGAAAGACUCGAGUCUGCUUCCAGGGACAAGAACCAGAACUUGUUGUCUAAAGAUUAGAUCUAAAGAACGCCCCCACAGUGGGGAUUUAACUCAUGACCUCCAGGUCGCUUUUAAAUUAUUGAUAAAAUAGUUUUUUUUCUUGAGAAUCAAAUUUUGCACUUAAAAUAAUUAAAGUACCCUCAUGUGCAUUUAUGUUUAAGAUAAUUUUAUGCUGUUACUAACAAUCUGAACAUUUUCUUUUGCUUUGAUAUUGUUCUAUUGCAACUGAAGAUGUUGUUUGAGAAUAUAGCUGUCAGUGAUAAAUGGUUUAUAGAAACAAGGAUUGUGACCUUGUCCCAAUGUUUGGGUCGUGUGGUCUAAUAAUAUCCAGAUAUGCGUGUUAACCGUUUCUAAGCAUAGAUAGGUUGUUAUAGCAAGAACAGUUCAGCAACAAGAAUCUAUCGCUGUUACAAAGUGGGGAAUAGUAUAAUGUGUUAUUUCAUGUAGAUUGCAAGUUAUAAUUCCCACCAUCAAGAUAUGCAAACUCUAGACGAUUGCCGAAUGCAUUUGUCAUAUUGUAUUUUUAAUUUUUGAUGCGCCCGUUAGGGUGGCAUAAAGCAGUUGAACUGUCCGUCCGUCUGGAAACUUUAACGUUGCCCAUAACUUUUGCAAAAUUGAAGAUAGCAACUUGAUAUUUGGCAUGCAUGUGUAUCUCAUGAAGCUGCACAUUUUGAGUGGUGAAAGGUCAAGGCCAUCCUUCAAGGUCAGAAGUGAAAAAAUACAUUCCAAGGGAAGUAAUAAGCUUUAAAGGGGAGAUAAUUUGUAAACCUGUCAAAUGAUAUAUUGAAAAAUUAUUUCAAAGCGGCGCAGUAGGGGGCAUUGUGUUUCUGACAAACACAUCUCUUGUUCUAUAGAUUUUAUAUCAUGUUGAUGUUUAAAGUAGUAUUGUCUUUAUUGUAGUUCAAUAGAUUUAUCUGUUUUGUUAAGGAUUAUAUAAUGUAUAACUGUUAUGUUCUGUUGGCAUGAUUGUAUUGCUGGCUUUGGCUUAUAAUUGAACCACAUUAUACGAGUUCCCAUUUCAUCAACUAGUUUUUGCAGUUUUGCAGAUUGCUUUCCUAUCCAUAUGAUUAUUGGCCAUUUUUAUCAUACAUGUAUAUGAAGAGAUAAUAUUAUAAUGUUGAUAUACACCUACAAGAUUUGAUUUUCUGAAGACCUUGUAGAUUGACAUCCAUCCAUAUGCUUUUUUUGUUUUCUUUGGAUAACACAGGAAAAAAAAUUUUUACUUCACAUAAAAGAAAAUGCAUGGGAGAUUGUUUCAUUGUUUGCUGCGAAAAAUUGCCUAUGGUUAAAAUUUAAGUGUGAUUGUCUGAUGAAAUUGAUGUUGUAAAAUUUACCAAAAUAAUAACAUUUUCCCUUAACAUUCCAUAUUUGACUUUGUGUUUGAUGCAAAAUCAAUAAAUGCACACAUGACAGGGAUAUUUGGUGCAACAGUUUGCAAACCUCUGAGGCUUUUUUAUGUAAGUUAAAUUUGUCUGACUUAUCAUGUUGUUAUUAGUCAGUAUUUAUAAACCUUACCGCAAGUGUUUUUUUGCUGUAUCAAAACUAAGUUUUUCUUAAGAAAACAUUCACAUGUUGGUGUGUUUUUUUUAUAUCAAACAUUUCAUUGUUAUGACUUAUUUACCCAGUUGACAAAUUUUGUUGUUCUAUGUCUAAUUCACUGAGGGGUUUCACUGUUUCCUGUAUUUAUAGCCUCUAUGUUAUUACAUGUGAAACCUUGGGGACUGUUUUACAUCUUCUAUGUUGCAAUGACAAAAGCAAUGGGUUUUUGUUUUUGCCUAUGUAAUGAUUAACCCUUUUAUACUUAGAUACUUACUUUUUCGCAUCUGUAGUCCCUUAGAAAGUUAAAUAUAAUUAAAGACCUUUCUUACUGUACUAAAGUUUUCAAGGCUUCAUGUAAUAAAUAUGUUAUAUUUCUUGGAAUAUUUACUGAACAUUCAUAGGUGCCGGAUUAUUAUGUAUAAAAGCAUGUUAUAACAUGAUAGUGUGUAAUUUAUUGCUAUCAAAGUGCUCGUUUAUGAACUAUGAACAAUCCUUGCUGAUUUACCGCAAACACAUUUAAACCAAAUUUCAUUUAUUGAUAAGUUAAAAGGAUGAGAAAGACAAAAACAAUGUUAUUAUCCUGCUAGAUAUUUGACAAAUCUUGACUUCAAAACUGUCGUUUUCAGAGUUCAGUAUGGAACACUUUGUCAUUUUUGUGUCAUAAUAAGUCCCCUACCAGUUUUACCAGAGAGGGACUUAUGGUUUGCGCUCUGUCUGUCUGUCUGUCAGUCAGUCUGUAAGUCUGUCACACUUUUCUGGAUCCUGCGAUAACUUUCAAAGUUCUUAAUAUUUUUUCAUGAAACUUGAAACAUGGAUACAUGGCAAUAUGUACAUUAUGCACGUCAUUUCAUUUUGUUCCUGCAUCAAAAAUUCUGGUUGCUAUGGCAACAAAUAGACUAGAAAAACUGCUGAAAAUGGUGGUUUUCUGGAUCCUGCGAUAACUUUAAAAGUUCUUAAUAUUUUUUUAUGAAACUUGAAACUAGGAUAGAUGGCAAUAUGGAGAUUAUGCACGUCAUUUCGUUUUGUUCCUAAAUCAAAAAUUCUGGUUGCUAUGGCAACAGAUAAAAAAAAUAUUCUGACUGGUGGAAUUUCUGAUAAUGGUGGGGACUUUUAUUGCUUGGCAAUAGUCUUGGUGUUUCUGUAUUAUUACUAAAUCAUUGUGUUUUAAGUAUUUUAGUGUUUGUUUCACCACGUGUCCCCUAUUAGGCUAAGUUUUGGGUAAGGCCUUGCAAUACACUCUGAUGCUCACCAUGUUCACAAGAACUCAUAUACUGAACCAACAGACAAGUUUAACAACACAAUUCAUCUCCGUAUAGAUUUAUUUUACAUCCACUUUAAUAUCCAACAUGUUUCAGUGAAAUGUUUAGUUUUCAGAAUGUCAAAGAAAUAUAUGAACUGUUGUGUAGUAACCUUGUGAUAAAAUUGUUGUAAUUUGUUAGACUUUGUAGUUUUUAAACACUGUCUGUUAAUAUCAUUAUAAUUAUGUAUAAUAUUUGGCUGUAUUUAUAUAAUUAAUCAUCAAGAUGAAAUAUAUGAAUGAACAUA